CGUAGGCAAAUGCAUCAUGGCUGUCGUCAAAGAAGAUGUGAGAAUGGCAGCAGGGAACCUCCAAGUUUGUGCGGGGCAGCAGGCAGGAGGAGAAGCAGCAGUCCAUGCCAUGCGGGAGAUAUUCGACCACGUGGAGUGCGAAGCAGUGCUUCUUGUUGACGCCAAAAAUGCCUUCAACACAAUAAAUAGAAAGACUAUGAUACACAACAUUAAAACCAAGUGCCCUAGCUUAGCUAUGUAUGUCGAAAAUACCUAUACAUACCCGACCGACUUAUACAUAAAUAGCCACAGUGGAAAAGUGAAAGUGUUAAAAUCAUCUGAGGGAACAACACAAGGUGACCCAAUAGCCAUGGCUAUGUACGCCCUGGGCCUAUCAGUCCUCCAAAAUGAAAUCGCGUUCGCAGAAACACGGGUGAAACAGGUGGCUUAUGCGGAUGACCUCUCAGGUGCUGGUAAAAUCUCAGACUUAAAAGGGUGGUGGGAUACUGUGAACACCGCCGGCCCUGAGAUAGGAUACAUCCCUAACGCCACCAAGUCUGUCCUUAUUGUCAAACCUGAACAUUAUGACCAUGCCGCAGAAACUUUUAGAGGAAGUGGCGUCACUGUGACAAAAGACGGACAACGACACUUAGGUGCAGUGAUCGGGACAGAGGUAUAUAAGAAGGAGUACGUGGGAGACAAAGUAGCUGAAUGGGUGAAGGAAAUAGAAGCUUUGUCUGCCAUUGCCAAGACUGAGCCACACGCUGCCUAUUCAGCGUACACCCACGGCAUCCAACAUCGGUGGACGUUCCUGAUGCGCACCAUCCCCGGCAUCAGUCCACUCCUCCGACCACUGGAAAAUGCGGUCAAGAAUGUAUUCAUGCCGGCGCUGGUGAAAUAUCAUGCUUUGGGGGAGGAAGAGAGGGAUAUGCUAGCACUUCCCCCAAGACUGGGUGGGAUGGGGAUCACCAACCCUGAGAAGCUGGCAGAUAAGGAGAACCAAAACUCCAUCAGCCUUACCAGGUCACUCAUCAACAGGAUCAUCGCUCAGGAGGCAGAGGGCGAGAUAGACCAAACAGAAAUAAGAGAUAUUAAAAGAAAAAUCUCAGAAGAAAGGCAACAGACCCAAAAAGACGAGCUGGACCGUCUUACACACCACCUGUCCACAGAAAUGGGUAGAAAAAUACACACAGCACAGGAGGCAGGCGCCUCUAACUGGCUAACGUCAUUACCAAUCAGAGCAAAGGGCUUCAGCCUCAACAAACAAGAAUUUGUCGACGCCAUUGCUCUGAGAUAUGGCUGGCCGAUUGAGGGACUGCCUGAUCUCUGUGCAUGUGGAUCACCAAAUGAUGUCACCCACACCAUGACAUGUAAAAAGGAGGCUUCGUCUGUAUUCGACACGAUGAAGUGAGGGAUCUGACAGCCAGCAUGCUUGGGGAGGUAUGCCAAGACGUCACUACCGAGCCGGCACUGCUUCCCAAUGACGGCGAACACCUUCGGUACAGGACAGCCAAUACCUCACAGGAGGCACGGGUUGAUGUAAGUGCCCGCGGAUUCUGGGUGCGCGGACAGCGGGCGUUCAUGGACAUCCGCAUAUUCGACCCGAUGGCUGCCUGUCACCGUGAGCUGCCCCUGCAAGCCUCCCACCACAGGAACGAGCAGGAGAAGACAAGGGCAUACGGUGAAAGAAUCCAACAUGUGGAUCAGGGCAGCUUCACCCCCCUCGUCUUCACCACAUCCGGCGGGAUGGGUCCCAGGGCCCAAUGCUUCUACGCACGCCUCGCGGAACUAAUCUCAGAAAAGAAGCAACAGCCAAGGAGCCACGUUGUCGCCUGGAUGAGGUGUCGCCUCUCGUUCUCCCUGCUCAGGUCGGCCAUCCUAUGUCUCAGGGGCACCAGACACUCUGACCCAAAAGCCACCACCAUCUCCAAUAUGGACUAUGAAGCCACAGUGGUGGAGAGUGACAUUAGGGUGGGUCGGGAGUGACUUGAGUAGGGAAGGAAAGGGGGAUCUAGACGUAAUAGAUGAUAGGUUAUUUAGUGUCAGGUAGUAUUAGUGAUAUGGUUGGAUGCCACAGUCAUUAGCGAACAGAGUUGGGGCUAAUGACCUCCAAGCUAUGGAGCCCUCCAUGA